GGACUCCGAUCUGUCCUUUCAGCCCCAAAUCCAAUCACUCCAUUGAAACCACUAAGCAACUUCUUCACUCCCUUGUUAUCUCUCAACUUGACUAUUGCAACUCCCUCCUCAUUGGCUGACCUCAUCACAGGCUAUCCCCUCUUCAGUCUAUCAAGAAUGCUGCUGCCAGACUCAUCCAACUUACCAACCGUUUCAUGUCUGCCAUCCCUCUCUGCUAAUCCCUCCACUGGCCUCCAGUCAGUGUCCUCCACCCCUCUCUGCCAAUCCCUCCACUGGCCUCCACUC